ACUGCUCGCGGGUAGUCGAGUAGCCGAGCGCUUGUCUUGGAGGAGUGGUGAGGGGGGUGCCACCUGCAAAGACACUCCGACGCUCAAGUCAGCAAUGUGCAGGCGGGCAGAAUAAAGAGUUGGAAGGAUAUGACGUACCUCGGGGAAAGAGCCAGCUUCCCCUAUAUAUAUAUGUCAGUCAUGGGCCCCCCGUGUAGUCAGGCCCAUAUCCCAAGGGACUCUGUCCUACGGCCGCGUGUGUUAGCCGUACAGGACGCGUGUCCGGGUCGGUAGGAGGGUGCGUAACCGGGUCGGGUAGAGCUUGGGCCGGGUCGACCCGUGCGAAUGUUGGGCCAGGCCGUAACAGUGCCCCCACGCGCCAAUGGUAGUCGUGGGAGCUACCGAUGGCGCGUCGUCUCGUGUCUCGUCUGAUCGGCCUCUCGUGGGAAGGGUAUGCCCCCAACGCGCGUGUCCCUUGGUUGCACAAGCAACCGUUUCAUUGCAUCGUUCCUUGCGCCGAGCAUUGAAUGCUCAUAAUGGGGUGGAAAAACCCUGUUUGAAAAGACUAUUCUGCCCCCAAGUGUUUCGCGCUUUUGGGGAGGCAGUUUUUAAACUGUUCGGUUUUAUGUUUCUGCAGUUUUCCACAUUUCCCAUUCCUCUCUUCCUUCUCAUUUGACAUAAGAUCUCAGAGUGUUGCUGCGACGUCCUUGUUCAUCCUUCCUGCAUUUUCCCAGACUUGCAACUUCAUCUCCUUUCAUCAAUUUAGGUAUGGCUCGCACGGUUUCCCGGGCAUCCGUUAACCCCGCGGCGUAUGAUCCCUAUGCUUGGGUUGUCUCCGAUUUGAAGGAUUCGCCCAACCAAAUGGGCGAGGAGGAGCUCACCGAGUUCCGACAAGCCGGGUACUUGUGCGGAGGGACCGACGAGGAAUCUAGUUACGACGUUUUCGUCCCGGCUCCUCACGAGCGGUUAUAUGAAAUCAACUUCCACCACCCCCGAGUCGCCGACUGGAUCUGGUUCUACAAAGCCAUGUUCACUCAAGUCGGAGUUCGUAUUCCGUUUUCAGCCUUUCAAAUGGCGCUUUUAAAUAGAAUUUCCGUGUCACCGUCGCAGUUGCAUCCGAAUAGUUGGGUCUCGAUCCGCUGUUUCGAGAUGGUCUGUGAAUAUCUCGAACUGCCGGUGUCCGUGGAUGUUUACCUCUUCUUCUUCACCCUCACAAACCCUUCCAAGGAGGGAAAACACAAGAAAGGGUUCAUGUCCUUCCGGUCUGCCCAAGGUCGGAAGAUUUUCGGUUUGUUUGAAGAUUCUUACCAUGGGUUUAAGGACAAAUAUUUUAAGGUCCGCCCUGCCAAAGGUCGUCAUCCCUUUUGGUUGUCUUUGGAGGGGGUACGGCUCAUCCCGACUUAUUGGAGUUUCGGGGCAGGGUCCAAUACUUUUAUUAAGGUAACCUAUAGAGGCAUGUCGGCGGUGGAUAAGCAGAUUGCCGAGGUGUUGAUGGCAGUUUUUGGGAGGAACCAAGUAAAUCCCCACCUCCUCAUGGGUGACCGGGAGUCCGGUCGUGAUUAUAUUUGUGAGAAGCUUUUUACUUUGCUCUUUACCCUUUUUUUUUCCUUUUAUUGAUAUCA